CUGCACUUCCUCCUGCUGCUGGCACCUCCCCACAGCUCUGGGCACAGCCAGGACGGUGGCUCGCACCACUCCACGGGCUGCCCGCGGUACUGGGGGCCCUGGGAGGAUUGCCCUACCGAGGAAUACCUCUGCCUGCACCUAGAAGCCCUGGGGCACCAGUGCCACUUCUUCUGCCCAAGUGACAGGCAGCAGCAGCAAAGCCCCUCCUCUCCCGGAGUCCCCACGGACCUCUCUGCCUCUGGCAAGCAGGAACACUGCUUGGCCACCUGCUAGAGCCUGCUUCACCCACCUCCCCAGCAUGCGGACACCAACGGCGAUGAUCGUGGGGCUGGUGCUGUGCCCCUGUGGGCUCCUGCUGAUGCUCACAGGCACACUGGCACCCAGCUGGAGGAAGGUGAGCCUCAUACCUGAUGAGCCCAUUGACCUCAUCUUGGAGCAGGGCCUCUGGGAUAUAUGCAGUGAGCGGCAGAGCAGCCAUGUCCGCCAAUGCAGCCAGGCUGAUAAGCUGGGCUACUUUGAAGAGCUGCCUGUGCGGGUGGCCCAAGGGCUGAUGCCCACCUCGCUGGUGCUCACCUCUCUGGGCUUGGUGGUAGCUGCCCUGGGGGUUCGCUGCUGGCAGAAGGAGCCACAGCACCUGCUGGCUGGCAUAGCAGGGCUUGUGCUGCUCCUCCCAGGGCUACUGAGCCUUGCACCUGCCUCCUGGUAUACCCAUGAGCUGUGGGCACUGCCUGCACCGGCUGGCAGCACGCUGGUUGUAGGCUACAGCUUGGUGCUGAGCUACUUGGGAAGCUGCCUGGAGAUCUUGGGGGGACUGGCUCUCGCCCUCAGCUUCCACCACUGCCGCAAGGAGCGGGGGGCCCCCAAACUGCCCCCCAGCCCUGUGAUGGAGGCUGGGCCAUGGUCUACCACGGGCGCUUACCGCAAUCCCUGGGACGUGCUGGAAGACGAGCGAGAUGGACGACAUUGGAGGACGAGCCUGCCUUGUGACUCUGACUUGUAGCCCCAGCACAGGGACAGCAGUGGGCACGGGCCAGCCUGGCACUGAGAGCAGUGCUGGAUCCUGCCCCUCCAAGCCAUGCCCUUCUCUUGGGGUACCCCAGAGCAGGCUGCAAACAAGACCAAGGACCUGGCUUGAAUCUCUGCAACCUCCUCAAAUGCCCGGUGUGCUCCAGGGCCCACAACUGUGCCAAAGCUGUGCCAGGCCGAGGACCAGACCUGGCUCCAGUCCCUCCAUGCAGCUUUUAGCUCAUCCUCCUGCACCAUGCAGCAGCUUGGACAAAGGCAGCUCCGGUGUUCCCAUGUGAGCAAGGUACAGGUUUGCACUGUGUAGAUUUCAGGGUUGGGAAUUGUGGAAGGGAGCACCUCCCACAUGCCUGCUCAACUCAGGGCUGUGCAAAGAGCAAAAUAAAUUAAGAGG